AUGAGAUUUUUUACCUUAAUCCUUAAAUUCUUCAUUAUUGUUACAUUAUCACAUGCAACACCUACAUUGGUCACUCAACUUCAAUAUCAAAUUAAUGAGACUAGACGAAUGGAAAUGUGCUCUUACACGCUCACCAUAAAGACAAGUUGUAAUUCUCCAGCAUAUUCAAAAGAUACAAUCGGAAUUUUAUUUGGAGACAUUGAGGGAAAAGAGAUUACAGUGUUAAAAGUAGAUUCAGAGACUGAGGUAUUUGAGAGGUGCAAGAUGCAUACAUAUAAGAUAUUGGGACAAUGUAUUGGAAAAAUAUGCAAAUUGUACGUAGCUAGAGCUGGAUCCGAUGGUUGGGUGCCAGAGACUAUCAUUGCAUAUCACCAUAACUUCCCACCUGCCAUAUUUAACUACAAUUAUUUCAUUCCUGAAGGUGUACCUCGUGGCUUUGACUAUUGCGAAUAUCAAUUUUAG